AUGAGUCGGAGAAGCGCUGUGAGCUAUUCCUCCGUCGCUAAUGUGUUCGGCGAAGCCACCUCCGAUGUGCCUGGACAGCCACGAUGGAACCCAACGACGGCCUGGAACAACCAGCUCCGGCAGCUAUCGAAGCAACGGCAAUACGGAGAAGCGUUAACCCUGUACCGCAACAUGCUUCGUUCCUCAUUCUUCCCCAACUCCUUCACUUUCCCCUUCCUUCUCAAAUCUUGCGCCUUUCUCUCUCUCCCUCUCACAGUUUCCCAGCUCCACGCUCAUGUAAUCCGAACCGGAUCGGAGCCCGACCCGUAUACCCGCUCCUCCCUCAUCAAUACUUAUUCCAAAUGCUCCCUCCCCCACCAUGCGCGCAAGGUUUUCGAUGAAAUGCCAAACCCCACCAUUUGCUACAACGCAAUGAUCUCUGGCUAUUCCUUCAACUCCAACCCUCUUGACGCUGUCUGGUUGUUCCGUCAAAUGCGGAGGGAGGAGGAGGACGGGUUGGACGUUAAUGAUAACGUUAGUGUGAACGCCGUUACAAUGUUGAGUUUGGUUUGUGGGUGCUCCGUGGCUACCCAUUUGAAAAUUGGCGCGUGCAUUCACGGGUGUGUUGUUAGGUUUGGGUUUUUGACCGAUUUGGCUGUGGCGAAUAGUUUGGUCACCAUGUAUGGUAAAUGUGGGGAGGUUGAAUAUGCACGCCAAAUUUUUGACGAAAUGUUUGUAAGGGAUUUGAUUACUUGGAAUGCAAUGAUUUCUGGGUACUCGCAAAACGGGCAUGCUAGGAGUGUUUUGGAGGUAUAUAGCAAGAUGAAGUUGAGUGGGGUGAGUGUUGAUGCUGUUACCCUUCUUGGGGUUCUGUCGGCUUGUGCGAACCUUGGAGCACAAGGGAUUGGUCGUGAGGUGGAGCGCGAGGUUGAGCGGCAUGGUUUUGGUUCUAAUCCGUUUUUGAGGAAUGCGCUUGUGAAUAUGUAUGCUAGGUGUGGCAACAUGACUCAGGCGCGCAGGGUUUUUGAUUGCUCGGGGGAGAAGAGUGUGGUUUCAUGGACGGCAAUCAUUGGUGGGUAUGGGAUCCAUGGCCAUGGGGAGGUUGCGAUAGAGCUUUUUGAUAAGAUGGUUGAGUCAGGUGUUAGGCCGGAUCAGGCUGUAUUUGUGAGUGUUCUUUCAGCGUGCAGCCAUGCCGGCUUAACUGAUAGGGGUUUGGAGUAUUUUGAAGACAUGAAGAUGAAGUAUGGUUUGCAGCCUGGUCCGGAGCACUACUCUUGUGUGGUGGAUCUAUUAGGCCGGGCUGGUAGGUUGGAGGAGGCUAUGGAUCUCAUAAGGUCAAUGAAGGUGAAACCUGAUGGUGCUGUUUGGGGUGCCCUUCUUGGUGCUUGCAAGAUUCAUAAGAAUGUGGGGCUCGCUGAGUUGGCUUUUCAGCAUGUUGUGGAGCUUGAACCCAUGAAUAUAGGUUACUAUGUUUUGUUGUCGAAUAUAUACACCGAUGCUAACAACUUAGAGGGGGUUUUAAGAGUUAGGGUCAUGAUGAGGGAAAGAAAGCUUAGGAAGGAUCCAGGAUACAGCUAUGUGGAUUAUAAGGGAAAAAUGUACGUUUUUUACUCGGGGGAUUUGAGUCAUCCCCAAUGUAAGGAAAUAUAUAGGAUGUUAGAUGAAUUGGAAAAUCUUGUGAAUGAGAUUCAUCCAUCAGAUGAGAAAUGUCAAGGAAGAAGUGAAGAACUUUUAAUUGGUACAGGGGUGCACAGUGAAAAAUUGGCAAUUGCAUUUGCUCUCUUGAACACUAAGAGUGGAACAGAUAUUACUGUCAUGAAAAACUUGCGAGUGUGGAUGCCACUCGCUUUCACCAUUUCAGAGACGGAAUCUGCUCAUGCAAGGAUUACUGGUGAAAUCAAUGCAGCACUAUUUAUGUGGUUUUUGAUGGGCAGGGCAGCAGAUGUUGCCAUGUGUGCCAUGUUACAAAUAUCCAUAAAUAAGACGUUGAAGGAGCUUGUAUGGAAGUUACUUCUACAAGUUAGUAUUUAUGUCUAG